UGGGGGGGGGGGGUAUGAUGCGGCCAGUCAUCAAACGAGGUAGGCGGGCUGUCGGGGAGGAAGGCAGAUGUGACUCAGGGCAGGUCUUAGUCACUGAGCAUCCUUCUUACCUCCCUCACAAGGACGUCUGUCUGAGAAAGCAGAUGGGGGGGCAGAGAAGACGUGAUGCACACUUGAACUCCAAGACACAUGCAUGCGCUCAUAAUGCAUCAAAUAGGAUGCAGAGAAGCAUUAGGUUCUUACUGCCCCAUCUGUCUGUAUGGUCCUAUUUUUACUGUCUGUGUCUGUGUCUGUGUGUGUGUGUGUGUGUGUGUGUGUGUGUGUGUGUGUGUGUGUGUGUGUGUGUGUGUGUGUCUGCACAUGCAUGAAUGUGUGCUAAAUUGUGCAGGCCCAGCACAAUCUUCUGACAGCCUGCAUGGCGACAGAGGGCCGCCAAUCUGACACCUGAGAGCCCAGACGAGGGCCAAGCAGUCUGGGCUGCUCUCUGCAGGGCUCCUCUGGGGAGGAGGUAGACUCUUAAGACUGCAGAUCAAUCACACUGACCCUUUCUUUUCGGAGCAUCAGUUAAAGAGGAAACUGAUGAAGCAAUUAUUGCUACCCCUACUUUUUUUUUUUUUUUUUUUUAAACACUUUGACAACUUGAGAUGUUGCAAAGUUAACUCGACGUGUGUAAUACUCACGGCAAGUAUAAAACGCUCGAUUUACUCGAAAUUAAUCAGGAAACAAAUGAAUGUAUGACCUCCAGUAAGUAAGUAGAGAGUGAACAGAUCUACAGUAUUUACAGUGUUUACAAUUUGCUUUUUGCACGUGUUCGCCUGUCACGGUCGUCACUCCAAGUAAGAGAACGCAUGCACAAACUACAAACGCCUAAAGUUGCACUUCUCCCACCAUAAAAACUGCUGCCCCGUGAGACCUGUUGAGAGAUUUUUCAGCAACAGCAGACUGCUGUCUGGAGAUUGUGACCCUGCAGUGAGGCCUUAGGGAUUAGCAUGCUGCUCUAAUCUGGAAUCAGCCAGCGAAGAGACUUAUCUGCUGUUUGGCGAGCUAGCAUUAGCACUGUUAACUCUCAGUGCCAGCGAGGAAUACAGGGGCUUUGACGCUGUUAGCAUACUAGCAGCUAGCAUUUAUUUAGUUCACUCUCUUGAAAAGAGCAACUUUGAGGUUUUUUAUCUUUUUGUGGCAUCACACUUGAUGAACGCCACUUCUUUGUCAAAUGCAGUUUAAAAAAAAAAAAAUCCAUAAUCUAUUUUUAAAAUCUAGAGUUGUGUAUGUUUUCACCCUAAUAAUCUGUAGUCGGCUACAAAACGUCCAACCGAGAGGCUCAUUAGAUAAUAGGUGUGCUGCCGCCCUACAAACACAGCAAACACUAAUAGACUCUGAGCUGUUGGGCUGCUGUGAAUUUCAGCAGGCACCAAAUCAGAUUAGGCAAAUAAUCUGUCGAGGGUUUUAGCGUUUCCUUCCUCUGCGAAUCUAUCACUGUUGUCUUCAAGCUCUUAGCAGUUUGUUAUCUCUUUCUUUAGGAAACAUGAGCACCAAUAAUAAACCUACAGAAUUGUCAUUAUGACAAGAUAUGCCAACUUUCUUGCCUCUUCUUCUUGACGACGCCCCCCCCCCUGUUAAAUUUAAAAUAGAUGAAAGUGAGUCUUAAGUGUGACUCAGUCUGUGUGUUAUGUUUUCAACAUGACUUGGCACGCUCCGGAUUAAAGGUAGCUGCUCCCUGGAAUGAUCGCUAUGUUCUUUGAAACCUAUUUUAAUGUUUAAGUCAGGUUUCUGCUUGUUGUUCAUCUGUCUUGCUCAAAGAUAUGAUGAUUCGAUCACACUGCAUGUUAUCCGGAGGUUAAGCUUCAGGAGUGACUGCUUAUCGUUUCAGUCAAACAGCGGGUGAUUCUUUUAGGAUCCCUUUAUCUACACUUUUUAGUUUCCCUUCAUCGGCUGAUUAAGAAGAGUGUUUGGAGAGGAACAAUACGAUGAAAAGAGCUUCGCUUUGUUCUGGGUGGUUUGUAAAAUUCCCCCACCCACUCACAUCUGACAUUAAAAAACCAAUUGUCGCAGCAGAACUGCGUGAUUUGUCAGCGCUCAGCAGAGUGCGCUCUCAGGAAAACAGCCACUACGCCGUGUCAACAGUGACAGAAAACUUCCAGGGUGUGGCUGUAACUCACUCCAUACCAUGUGAACCACACACACACACACACACACACAGCUCACAAAAACACCAACUCAUAACUCUCAUAAUCCAGCUUUGUGUAGACUCAUUUCACAGUGUGUGACACACACACACACACACACAUCCUCUGUCUCCUCAUUGGGCCUACAACAUGUCUUCCACUUAUCUGUCUCUCAAUUUACUUUCACUUGAUUGAUUUUCUCGCCCGGUCUUUCUUUCCAACUUUGAGCUGCGUGUGUAGAACUAGAGGAAGGUGUAGGCAUCCUUUGUUACUGACCCAAUCAACCUUACAGACUUUCAUAUUUGAUUACUGCUGAGUAAGAGCAGCGGGCUGAAUUAUUAACAGGAAACAGGGUUUAUUUUUAGCAGGCGGGCCUCUCCUCAGACACUCUCCAGUGGUUCGCCUUAGAUGAUGAAACCCCUUUGCAACUACCCUCAGAACUUCACUAUUAAGUUUAUAGAAGUAAAGCUUGUGGGGAAAUACUUAUUAGGGUAGCUGCAUCUGCUGCCUCUGGCUGAUUGGAUCCUCUAUCACUUGCUACUUUAAUUGGUUUGGUUUACACAGUUGCAAGUAAAUUCAUUUUGGUAAUAUCCCAGCUGAGCUGGUAGCGCAGUUGCACUCCAAACACAGAAGACUUUUGUUCUUCUCAAAACCGGAUGAGCAAAUGAUUUAAAUCUCCCUUUUGUUCAUGGUUGACUGAUCUGGCACACCUCAGGACCCCCCCCCCCCCCUCACACAUCAUCCCCCAAGGGGCUUUAGAUACACCCUUUCAAUUCAUACUUCUGUCCAACAAUGCCUUCCAUUGUCGGUGUUUCAAUUUUGCGUGGGACAUUUGUGAAACCGCUGAUGACUGAGUGUCUCUUGUCACACAAAAGACAACUUCCCUGUGAUGUCACAAGGCCGGCGGGCUUUCCCCGCUCUUUGGGCUGCACUGCACAUCUCAACGUUUAGGUAAGGAGAGAGGGAACAACGAAAGCUUGGCUCUUUCCCGUUCAUUCAUCCAGAUUGUUUUUUUUCACCUUGUCGGCUCAUGUCGGGGGGGGAAGACAAGAUGAACUCAGAUUCACCCUCAUCUUGGCUCUUCUUUAAUUCAGUCACACUCAGAUAUUCUGCGAGUCUCUGAUGUGUCUUGUUAGUUGGAUUUACAAAGUGGCCUCUGAUGAAGACAAGGGGACGGUGUCGGGUUAGAUUGUUCUGCAGGCAGGAGUCUAAUAAUUUACUAUAUGUCCGCCUCGAUAGCUUGAUCUUUACAUCUAAUACUUUCUUCUUCUCCCACUUCCUCUCUCAUGCAUUGGCUUUCAGUCAGCUAUAAGCUCCACCCAUCUAUGCAAGUUUGCAAUCUUGCAGAUUUUUUUUUCUUCUUUUUUUUGCGUUGUUUCCUCUUUUUUUUUUUUUACCCUUCCUGACACGCUGCCAUAUUGUGCAUGUGUGUUUCUGUGUGCACUGUCUUAAGUGUGUGGUGGCAGCUUAGAGAAACAGGGCAACGGAGCGCUACACAGACUAUAGGCACAUCAAUAACAGCAGCUCAUGACAGAGAAACCAGCACCUGCAGGAGAUGUCAGAGUGACUCAGCCCUGCUGUCGUCGUGGUGCGAGGAGCUGGGUCGUCUCCUCCUGCUGCGUCACCAGAAGAGCCGGCAGAACGAACCGCAGGGAAAAGUUCCCAUGCAGCCCAGUAUGAACAGCAUGAAGCCCGGCCUCACGCACAGUGAUGGAUCCUUUCCCUAUGACUCUGUCCCCUGGCAACAAAACUCCAACCAGCCCCCUGGGUCAUUGUCUGUGGUUACAACAGUGUGGGGCGUGACCAACACGUCACAGAGUCAGGUGCUAGGGAACCCAAUGGCGAAUAGCAAUAACCCCAUGAAUCCCGGAGGUAACCCUAUGGGAUCGGGUCUGUCUGCCAGCGCAGCGGGGCUCAACUCACCCCAGUUCAAUACUCAGCAGCAGCAGUUUCCAAACAAAGGAGGCUCCAACCAACAGUACAUGCAGCAGGGCAUGUACGGCAGGCCCGGCUACCCUGGAGGUCCUGGGGGAUACAGCGGGAGCUACUCUGGAGGCCCAAACCCUCCUCCGGGAGGUAUGGGAUUGAGCUCCCACACGCGUUCUCCCGGUGACUUCACUCAGCCGGCCGCCGCCGCUGCAGCUGCUGCUGUCGCUGCCGCUGCUGCUACAGCGACGGCCACGGCAACGGCAACGGUGGCAGCUCUGCAGGAAACCCAGAAUAAAGAUAUGAACCAGUAUGGACAGAUGUGUUCUUCGUUCCAAAUGGGCCCUGCGCAGACCUAUAAUAGCCAGUACAUGAGCCAGUCGGGCCCACGAGGCCCCCCUGGAGGUAUGAAUCCCGCAAGCAUGGGUUCACCCAUAAACAACCCCAAUAUGAGUGGACCUCCAAUGGGCAUGAACCAGGCUCGAACUCCAGGCAUGGUGCCUUUUGGGGCUCACGGCCAAAGGAUGCCUCAGCAGGGGUAUCCCGGAGGACCUCGACCCGGCAUGCCCAUGCAGGGGAUGAAGAGGCCAUAUCCUGGGGAGGCAAGUUACGGGGGUCAGCAGUACGGACUGAACAGUCAGUUCCCACCGCAGCAGGGCCAGUACCCCACAUCGAACGCCUCCAGGCCGCUGCCAUCUCCCAACUACCCCGGCCAAAGGAUGCCAGGGCAGCAGGGCCAAGGACAGUACCCACCUGGCAUGCCCAUGGGCCAGUACUACAAGCAAGAGCCCUUCAAUGGUCAGGGCACCAACUUCUCUGGAGGCGGAUACUCCUACGGCCAAGGCAAUGGGCCCCCGCGGCCUGUUAACUACCCCCACUCCCCGGUCCCUGGAAACCCCACACCCCCCAUGACCCCAGGAAGUAGUAUCCCUCCGUACCUGUCGCCGAACCAGGAUGUGAAGCCGCCGUUUCCACCCGACAUGAAACCAAAUACGACAGCACUUCCGCCCCCUCCGACAAACCCCAACGAGGAGCUGCGGCUGACGUUCCCGGUCAGGGAUGGAGUGGUGCUGGAGCCGUUCCGCUUGGAGCACAACCUGGCUGUCAGUAACCACGUCUACCACCUUCGACCUUCCGUCCACCAGACGCUCAUGUGGAGGUCCGACCUUGAGCUCCAGUUUAAGUGCUACCACCACGAAGACAGGCAGAUGAACACCAACUGGCCCGCCUCCGUCCAGGUCAGCGUCAACGCCACGCCCCUCACCAUCGAGAGGGGAGACAACAAAACCUCCCACAAACCCCUGCACCUGAAGCACGUAUGCCAACCUGGAAGAAACACCAUCCAGAUAACAGUCACCGCCUGCUGUUGUUCCCACCUGUUUGUGCUGCAGCUGGUCCACCGGCCAUCUGUGCGAUCCGUCCUCCAGGGGCUCCUGAAGAAAAGACUCCUUCCUGCAGAACACUGCAUCACCAAGGUUAAGAGGAACUUCAGCAGCGUGGCAGCGUCUGCAGGCACCACUACUCUAAACGGGGAAGACGGCGUGGAGCAGACGGCCAUUAAAGUGUCGCUGAAAUGUCCCAUCACCUUCCGACGCAUCCAGCUGCCCGCACGAGGGCACGACUGCAAACACGUCCAGUGCUUUGAUCUGGAGUCCUACUUGCAGCUCAACUGUGAGAGGGGGACAUGGAGGUGUCCUGUGUGCAAUAAAACAGCAUUAUUAGAAGGUCUGGAGGUGGACCAGUACAUGUGGGGAAUCCUCAACGCCAUCCAAAAUUCAGAGUUUGAGGAGGUCACUAUAGACCCUACAUGCAGCUGGCGACCUGUCCCCAUAAAGUCUGAGCUACACAUCAAAGAGGACCCUGACGGACCGCUUGCCAAGCGCUUUAAGACCAUGAGCCCCAGUCAGAUGACCAUGCCCAAUGUGAUGGAGAUGAUCGCCCAGCUAGGGCCCGGUUCGGGACCCGGACCCGGCCCUGUACUCGGUCACAGCCCUUACCCCCCACACCCCAGUCAACAUCCUAGUGGACACGGGGGAGAUUACCCCGGAGCAGGCAACAGUUACCACAGCCAAGGAAACUUUGACUUCCCUCAUGGGAACCCCUCUGGUGGUGGAGUGGGAGGAGGUGGAGGAGGUCCCCCUAUGAGUGACUUCAUCCAUGGCCCCCAGCUCUCCCACCCGCCAGAUUGCCCCGGUGGUCUCCUCUCCCAGGACAAGCCCCUCAACCACGGCAUCAAUGAUGCAAUGUCCCAUACCGAUCAGUCCCAUAACUCCAUGCAGCAGAGCUUGCAUGCGUCUCCCCACCCUGGCGGCCAUUCAGGGCCGCCCUUACAUCACAGCGGCCAGUCAGGGCCGCCGUUGCAUCACGGCGGCCAACCGUCGCAGCCGCCUCGCCAGUCGCAGCCUCAGCCGCAUCAGCAGCCCGGGCAGAACAGUCACCCCCACAGCGAUCUGAACUUUAACCCCUCCUCAGACGGAGCCCAGGAUAUGCCCGAACCCUCCCUGGAUCUGCUUCCAGAGCUGGCCAACCCUGACGAGUUACUAUCGUACCUGGACCCCCCCGAUCUUCCCACCAACAGCAACGACGACCUUCUCUCCCUCUUCGAGAACAACUAGCCUCCCCGAGAAACCCUCCUGCACCUACGGGAGUCGUGAUCGCGUUUGACUGUCCGUCCACAGACACCUCACCGACCUCCUCUAUCGAUGCUUCAAGCAGCUUCCUAUGCUCAUGCACGCGCACGCGCACACAGUCUGUCAACAGACAAUGCGUGGCAUAGGAGCACGGCCGAAAAAGAGACGUCUGUUUCGGGAACUCCAAGGGAGAGAGCCGGAACGCCACUCAUCCCUGCACUCCCUUUUUUCCUCGUGUAAAGAUUCCACGCACCAGUUCCACCGCCUUUGACUCGAAUCACACCAUUUACAGCCAGCCAUGUUGGCGGGCACUAAAGUGAUAUUAUA